AAACUGCUAAAUCAGCCAUUAUUGUAAAUUUGAAAAAAAGCUCAGGUCGCCUCGAUAAAUAUUAUCAUUUGGCCAAAGAACAAGGAUACCGUGCUCGUUCUGCUUUCAAAUUAAUCCAACUAAAUAAAAAAUAUAAUUUUUUGGAACGAUCUCGUGUGUUAAUUGAUUUAUGUGCUGCGCCUGGUGGUUGGCUACAGGUUGCAAGCAAAUACAUGCCAGUAUCUAGCUUAAUAAUUGGUGUUGAUCUUGUUCCCAUAAAACCAAUUCCAAAAGUAAUAACAUUACAAAAUGAUAUAACUGCAGAGAAAUGUUUUGAUGCUUUACGACACGAACUAAAAUCUUGGAAAGCUGAUACUGUGCUUCAUGAUGGUGCUCCGAACGUUGGUGUGACGUGGGUACAUGAUGCUUUUUCACAAUCAGAGUUGACGUUGAUGGCGCUGAAAUUGUCAAAUUCAUUAUAUAUGCUAUAUAUAUUAGAAUUUCUUGCCCCGAAAAAAAUUGAUCCAAAAUUUCUUGACCCACGUUCUGUGUUCAAAGACUUGGAAAUUGGACCACCUAAUAAAUCUGAUGAUGUUUUACAUCCAACCAAGAAAAAGCGGCACCGUGAUGGCUACGAGGACGGGAAUUAUACGCUGUAUAAAAAAGUGUCAAUUAUGGAGUUUGUGAAUUCUGAUGAUCCUGUUCGUGUACUUGGCGAUGCUAAUAUAUUAGAAUUUGAUACUGAUGAAGCUAAAGUGCUGUUAAAUCAUGAAUCAACCAAGGAUGAAAUCAAACUUAGCUGUGAGGAUUUAAAAGUUUUGGGAAUACGCGAAUUCAAAAAUUUAUUAAAAUGGCGUAGUGCGAUCCGAAUAUUUCUCAGCAAAGAUGUGCCUAAGAAAGAAAAAGUUGAAACGAAGGAAAUCCAAGAACCAGUCGACGAAGAUCAAGCAAUUCAAGAAGAGCUUGAUACACUUACUAAAGAAGACCGACUACGCCGAAAACGACUACGGCGCAAAGCUAACGAAAAAAAACAAAAAAGUAUAACGAGAAUGCAACUAAAAAUGAUUAAUCCAACUGAUAUUGCACUUGAUCAAGUUGGACCUGAUGGUGGUGAUCCUUUGUUUGAUCUUCAACAAGUGGAUAAAGCAGGGGCAAUAAAAAAGGUCCGAAAAGGAGAUAUGGAUAUAGCACUGGAUAAUGAUGAAAGAAAGCAAGAUGACGGUGAUAUUGUAAUCGAUGAUAGUGAUGUUCAACCCAAGAAAAGUAGUAAUCUCAAAAAUGAAAGUGAUGAAAUUGGAGAGGGUGAUGGUUUGGAAAGUAGCGAGGAUGGUUUAAUUGAAUUAGAAGCGCAAUUAGAUGAAAUGUAUGAAGAGUAUAAGGAAAGGAAAGCAGAACGUGAUGCGAAAUACAGAGCGAAAAAGCUGCGAGGGGAAUCCAGCGAUUGGGAUGAAAAUCAAAAAAAAUUCGAUGAUGACGAUGACGAAGAGUUAGAUAAAUAUUAUGACAGCGAUUCUUCAAUUAUUUCAUUGCCAAAACGUGAUAGAUUUGACGACUCUGAAACUUCGGAUAGCAGCGAUAAUGACGACGACGAAAAAGACAUAAAUUUAAAAAGUCGUGAUCAGCUGAGCAAGAAAGCCGCAUUAUUUUUUGAUCAGCCGUUAUUUAAGGGAGUAAUAGAGGAAGUGGAGAAAGACUAUGAGUCAUCAAAAGAUAAUGAUAAAAAGGAGGAUAAGAUUGAUUCAAAAGAUAAACAAAACAGAGAGGUAAAGCAAUCCACUAUUAGUGACAACGGGAAUUCGAAAAAGAGAAAAGCUGAUGAGAUGGAAAAGGAUAAUGAGAAGGAUGAAGACGAUGACAUCGAAGUAAUUAUGACAAACAAUCAAGAUGAUGGUGAAAAAAUGUGGGAUGCAAAUGAAUCCGACGAAGACGAAAAGAAAAUGAAACGUGUUCAAAAGGUUGGUCUUCUUACACCUGAAGCAAUAACACUAGCACAACAAUUAGUAAAUCGUCAAAAAACAAAACAAGAACUUAUUGAUGCCGGGUUUACACGUCACGCUUUUUACGAUAAAGAAGGAUUACCGGAAUGGUUUUUAGAUGAUGAGAAGCGUCAUAAUCAGCCAAAUUUACCAGUUACUAAAGAAGCUGUUGAAUUGAUACGUGAACGAAUGAAAGCGUUGAACGCGCGUCCUAUCAAGAAAAUUGCAGAGGCUAAAGCAAGAAAGAAGAUGAGGGCUCUUAAUCGGCUAGCAAAACUACAAAAAAAAACCGAUGUAAUUGCAGCCAAAUCUGAUAUGACUGAACGAGAGAAAUCCCAAACGAUCACCAAAAUUUUAAGUAAAGUACAAAAGAAAAAGAAAGAAGUAAAGGUCGUGGUUGCCAAGGGUACUAUUAAAGGCACAAAAGGCAGACCCAAGGGAGUCAGAGGAAGAUACAAGAUGAUUGAUGCUCGGAUGAAAAAAGAAGUAAGAGCAAUGGAUCGUAUAAAUAGUAAAAAUAAGAAAGGGAAAGGGAAAGGGAAACCUCCUCGCAAGAAACAAAAACGAUAA